GUGCAUCCGGCGUCAGCAAAGGCCGCCAGUCAGCUCCAGCGCCGGCACGACCAGCAGCGCAGCACGCCAGCACGCUUCCCCCAGCGCCGGGACCGACAGGACCAACAAUCCAGCACGCCUCCCCCAGAGCUGGGGCUGACACAGUCGCCGGCCCAUGGCUACUCGCUGUGCAGCGUUACGUGACACCUUAUCGUCACCGCUGGGAACCACGCACCUCGCCCGCCUGGGAGUCACGCAGCUGCCCGAUAAUCGCGAUACUACUUAGCGUCGCCUGCUCGGCGGCGGCGCUCACUGCCUCACCAUGCCGCAUCGCCUUCUGAUCUGCGCGCUGGCCUGCGCGCUGGCCGGCCAGACGGCGGAGGCGCAGAUGGUGGACCCGCCCCGCUCGCUGGGCGAGCUCCGCCUGAAGAACGCCGCCUUCGUCGAGGUAUACUCGAGCCAGAAGGGCGACGGUGACGAGGUGGACCGGCAGACGCUGUACGUCAGCAGCUUCAACCCGGGGAACAUCAUCGGUGACGACCUCGUCUACUACCUGAGGGCGCCCGGCAGGCAGCUGGACACCGUGGCCGACUGGGACAUGCAGGUCCUGGACCACCAGGCCGACUGGACCAACGACAUCUGCUACACGCCGUCGGAGGCGACCGGAUUCGAGGGUGUGGUGGUCACGUCCGGUUUCCUGGUGCCGUUCAAGACCCACGGCCGGCUCCAGCUGUACAACACGGAGACGUCGCCGCCGUCCGGACCGUACCUCCUAAGCGCGCUGGACAAGCGCGACUGGGCCUACCACCGAGCGCUGUGGCACGACAUGGACGCCGACGGCGACCUGGACCUGCUCACCGCCCGCUUCCACCAGUCGGCGCUCACGCACGUCACCACGUCCAGCCUCGCCUACCUGGAGAACAACGGCACGUCGCCGGCCGACUGGGCCCUCUGGCCGCAGCACGAGCUCGUGUCGGGCGGGCCGGAUGUCGGCUUCCGGAUGGUGCAGCUGCAGUCCGGCGGCCAGACGCACGACGUCCUGCUCGCUGGCGAGUUCUGGAACGAGCGCCUCACGCUCUACUGGACCGAGAGCGGCGACUGGUCGAAGCCCGGCGACAUCCUCUCCAGGACCAUCGACAACACCACCGGCCAGAUCUUCGACGUGUUCUACAGCGACCUGAACGGCGACGGCGUGCCCGAGGUGUGGGCGUCGGCGUUUGACCUGGCCGCCAAGAACGGCUCGCUCUACACGUGGGCCGUGCCGGAUGACUUCGCCACCGGCGAGUGGAGGCGCACCACGCUCGACACCAACUUCCACCCGAACUCGAUGCUGUUCGGCGAGACGAUGAGCCCGGGCAGCGCUGUGGCCUUCCACCCGAGCGAGACGGCGCGUGCCGCCGGCCGCAAGCCGCUCAUCCUCCUCUCCGGCGACGACGACGGCAACCACUACAUCCUGCAGCCGACCAGCCAGGCGGCCGACGACUGGACGUAUGAGCGUCAGACGGUGGUCCAGACGGGGCAGACGACGGCCGGCCAGGUGACCGUGGCCGACCUCGACGCCGACGGCUACACCGAACUCAUCCUGGCCGGCUACACCAUAGGCAAGCUGUAUGUGCUGACUUACGCGCCCGCCCCGGCUGCGUGAAGCAGAGGUCGCGACAGUACCGGUCGUGGGCUCGUGCCUGUUUUAGUUACUGAUCUGCAACUUGAGCUGGAGUCGUCGCAUGCUGUUGAUAUUGUGUCACCAUGCACUAUUUACAACCGUGUUGUUGAGUUUAAUGAAUAUACCUGACAU